AUGUCGUCUUGGAACGACGACAGCAAUGGUGCCAACGGGGGCAAUGGGAGGAACGGCAGCGGGAACAACGGGCAAGGGGGAAUCGGGGGCGUCCUGGACAUGGCUAGGGCGGACCGAUCGGUAUGGCUGAUGAAAUGCCCCGCUGUCGUCUCCACGUCGUGGCAGAAGGUCGCUGCCUCGGCGGGUGCGGCGGGGGCGGGAACGCCUGAUUCUAAUGUCCCCAAUCCCAUCGUCGCAAAGGUCGUCCUCUCCGUCGACCCUCUCAAACCGGAUGGCAAUUCCCAGCUCCAGGUAAGCCUUCUCUGCUUCUCCAGUACGCGUGCUGUCAAUCAAUCGGUUCAUUUCCAUGUGUACUCUCCCUCGCACUGCCGUCAUGUAAAAUUCUCAUGAUGAGAGCUGGUGAAAUUGAUUGCCCCAGUGAUCCUUACGGUUGUUAUUUGGUUUGGCCUUGCUUCUUUCGAUGAUGUCCAGUGGGAUUAUGAGGGAAUACGAGUUAUCUGUCGAAACCACCGAUAAUCAGAUCGGUGAGUUCUCUACAUCCCCAAAACGUGAAAUGGGAGUGGACACUUCUGUCUGCUUGAUGCAAUUUCUUUUACCCAGAUAUCUUUGAUUUUUGCGGCUCGCCAAUGAAUAAUAACACCCCUGUAGAAAGGCGUGGGAUGAUUCCAAUAUUAUGUCUGCUGAUGAGCUCGAAGCAUUUUCGAAUUUUUUCUUGUACCCCGGAAUCCAUCUAUCCUAAUUGAUCCGAAGCAUCCAAUAUUUAUUGGUAAAUAAUGUUCCAAGCUAGGCGUAUGGAUGAAUUCUCCAUGAAUGAAUUCCAUUCCCUUGGUUGAGAGAUAGAAUGGUCAAUAGAGCCACGUCACUUUUGUAAAUACUGAGGGAAAAGACGGUGUGGUUUCAAUCUAUUUUUCAAUUUCUAAAUUUAAUGCUAGUUUACCCGUAGGCAAUUUUAAAUUAUGGAGGUUCGUACUCUAGUAGGUCAUCUUAUUUCUCAGAAAGGAUCUUUUGUCUAGGGUGUUAUUUACGUACUGCUUUCAAACUAACAUUCUGACGCCACCCCAUUGUUCCAGAGAUUAGAACCCUAAUUUCAGAAAGUGUUUUUUCUGGGCAUUGACUGUUUAAAUUGUGUUGUUGUUCUUCAUCUUAUCUUAAUCUUCUUCGUCAUCGAAUUCAACCCCCAUGUAAGCCAACAAUGGUUGGAUUGAUAGUAUGAGUUCUACAAGUUGGCGUUUAUCCGAGGCUGGACACCAUAUCCGCUGCUUCCUGAACAGAGAUCUUUUCGAAGUUUCCUUAAAAUCGUAAUGCAUUGAUGGAGCAACGUUUUCUGGGAUUUAGUCUAGGGUUCUGCAUGCCUCUCUCUCUCUCUCUCUCUCAACCCUGUCGACAUAUUUUGUGGGAACACUUUCUACAUGUCAGGAUUGUGUCUCUUUACCACCAUAUAGAUGCAUCCUGAAUGCUGCUACUGAGAUUAUUUCGUAUGAUCUUUAUUACCAUCUAGUUGCUAACGUUCCUUUUAUCUUGAUUGAUCCUCUGCUUCGUGUGAUGUUUUUUUCCAUUUAGUUGCUCAGUGUGCUUUUCUUUUGCACAUCAUUUUACAGAGUUGAGUAGGAAUUUGUUGUAUGGUCACCCCACCUUUAAAAAAAGAAAUAAAGAUGAAACGGUUAUCAUGGGAUAGUUUUAAGCGGAAAAACAGAACUUUUCCUAGAUUCAUACAUAAAAAUUAACGAGUCUUUGAAGACUCGUAAAGAAGAUUUAAAGCUUGCUCAGAAAUAUCGUCAAUGGGGGGACUACAUUACCACAAUAAUCAUAGUUUUGCUCUAAAAACGUUCUGUGUAAGGGGUUCCCUAUCAUUGAUGGCCCUUUUCUGUAUUAUUUGUUUCUCAAGCAAUGCUUGUGUUACUGAUCUUCAUCAUGCCAAUCAAUCUACUUGGAUUUCUAUGCUAUUGCAGUUUAAAAUGGAAUUGGCUCACAGCGAAAGUGGCAAUACCCCGAAGAGUUAUUCACUGAAUAUGUUCAAAGACUUUGUUCCUAUGUGUGUCUUUUCGGAAUCAAAUCAAGGUGAGGAUUACUGGCAUCAGUAUUUUAACAAUUUUUUAAUUGGUAUACUCUCCUUUUCAUUCUUCUAAACAGAUCAAGAAGGUCAUCUACCAUUUUCGCUCUUCAUCAUACUUGGACGUCUUGCUUUUCUUACCUCCCUUCUAGGUUAUGUAUUUCUCUCGGUCUGUUCUUUUUUUUUGGUGGUGAUCUUCUUCUUCCCUGGUUAUUUCGUAGUUAAGAUUUUCAUUAGGCAAGUCACCUCAGUUUUAUCUGUUUAUGUGCACUGGUAAGAGUUGCAAGAAACUUGAGCUACAUGCUGGCUGUAUCCUUAAGAAAAGGAACCCAGAGGAAUCUUUGGCAUCAGCUGCCUUUCAUUACUACAGUUCUCAGAAAAUAUUGCAGCAUAAAAGAAGACGACUGAGCAUGUCUGAUCAGGAUAACUGUUUCUGUGUUGAUAAGAGAGCGGUUAUGGAGACUCUGAUGAAGUCAGAGAGAGGAACGCUAUGUAGCUUUUAGGAACACUAUGUCUCUUAUUCCUCUCAGGGUUUUUCUCUCCACCUUCUUCCACCUUGAUAAAUUGCCGUGGCUUUGUCAUCAAUGGGCCUCAAUCCUGAGUAAAUACCGCUAUUAUGGGGAAUACACUCCAUGAUGCAGACCCAAUUGCCAUCGCCCACUCCCACCUUAGUUUGAUAUCUAGUAAUUUUUUCAAACAUUAAUCUCAUUCAUUAUUUGCAGAUCAAUUUCUAGGAAAUCUUUCGAGUUGAUCUUGAACAGGUUUAACUGGAGCCUUUAAAAUUUUCUCAUAUACAUUACCUGAUUUAAGAUAUAUUGUGUAUGCAUUUUAUUCUUUCAUACAUUAAUUUUAAUUUCAAGGUUUUUUAUUGUUUAACAAAUUUUUAGUGUAUUUUAAUUCAUCUUUCGUGGCCAGAUGCACAGUUUGCAUCUGGCCAAACACUGUCUGCAGACAGCAUUCAGUUGAACCCAUUUGCCUAUGUUCAUGGAUCUCUCUCUCUCUAUAUAUAUAAGUAGUCUCUUGAGUUCUAUCUUUCGCACUUUAGGUUUUUGUUGGAUCCGAAUGGAGAUGCAAUGAUUUUAGGUGUGAUGGCAUCUUAUAUAGAUUUCUGAAUCGUCUCAUAUUGGUGGGUGUUCUAAGCAGCUGGAGCAUUAAUUUCCUCAUUUCAGGCAAGUUUAUGGUGGAAGGAAAGGUAGAGCAUAAGUUUGACAUGGAACCCCAUGGCGACACUAUUGGGGAUUAUAGAAAGCUUUGCCGCGAGAGGACAAACAAGGCUAUGAUUAAAACCAGACAGAUCCAGGUUUUGAUUUAUAGAAAGUUUUACCUGCCAUCAUCGACAUGCUUCUUCUCCCUCACUCACCAGUCCUAAUGUCACUUCAGACCAUAAAAUUCAUCUUUCUUGACAAUUUUUUUGAUUACUUUUAAAAUAAAUUCUCAUAAUUUCAACCAUCACAUUUACGAUUACUUAUCUUCUUUCUAAAAAAAAUUAUAUUUAUAUCACUUUUAACCAUAAGAUUCAUCUUUUUUCACAAAUUUAAAAGGAAAAUUAAUGGUUCAAAAGAAUUCCCAUAAUUUUGGCCCAUCACAUUUCCGUUUGUUUAUUUUCAUUGUAAAAAGAAAAUAUUUAUAGAAAUCUGGAAUAUUUUUUUGCACUUAUUCAGGUAAUUGAUAAUGAUCGUGGAGUGCUCAUGAGACCAAUGCCUGGUAUGGUUGGUUUAAUUCCAUCCAAUUCGAAGGUAAUCAGCUUCAGUAUUCCAUUAAAAUAUUUAUGUCUUGUAAAUGCUUUUAAAUAGUUCCUGAUUUCGGAGGAAUCCUGUGCCGUCUUUGCAUCAGGACAAGAAGAAGAUAACCCCUGCAAAGGGGUCUGAGGUUAAAAGAACAAGGAGGGACCGUCGGGAGCUGGAGAAUAUCAUCUUCAAGCUCUUUGAAAAGCAGCCCAACUGGGCACUGAAGCAACUGGUCAUAGAGACAGAUCAGCCUGAAGUAUGCUCUUCUUCCAUCACUUAUUUUCAUCAUCUAUUUUCGAAAAAUUCUCUUAUUUAUCUUUUUCCUUUUUAGGGUAAAAUACUCCCUGUUGCUAUAUCCCCUUUAUAAUUUCAUAUUGUUCAACUCUCUCUCUUUCUGUCUCUCGUCCCCUCCCUCUCUCACUGGUUGAUGUACAUGAGUAUCUUGUUAACCAUGAUCAUUAUAUGCGUGCAUAGUUUUGAUCUCUUUCUGUGUCUGUGUCCGUCUCUCUCUCUCACUAACUCACUCUGGCUUAUAGUGUUGACUAUGAGCAUUGUGUGCAUUCAUAAUUUUGAUCUCUCUCUCUCUCUCUCUCUCUCUCUCUCAGCAAUUCCUGAAGGAAAUACUGAAUGACCUCUGCGUCUACAACAAGAGGGGCCCCAAUCAGGGUACCCAUGAGCUCAAGCCGGAGUACAAGAAAUCAAGCGAGGCUGAUGGCACAUAG